GAAACGUCCUACGUGUGCCGAACUCUAGGCUUAGUGCGAUGGUAUCCCCCGAAUCCCCUCCAAGCACCGGACCCAGUCAUUGCAACCCACUCUAUCGAUGGCAAAUGCCACUACCACUAUGCUCCUGCACGAGCAUGAGAGCUCGAGACAGUACAGUGUUCGAGAUUUCCUACGCAUAGCGAGAACUCAACCAGCGGCAACGGUCGGCGGAUGUGAUCUAUAUUACAUUCCUUCCCGGUCUUCCUGCUAUCAUGAAUUUCUUCUUGUCCACAUUCAUGUUGAUCGAGAGACGCUCAUGGUCACCAUCGAGCGCAGCCCGAGUAACAAUGGUAUGCAAGUGAUAUCCUCGAAUGGUGGAGUCGCAAGGGACACUAUCACAGUCGUGCGAGCCAGGGAGAACCAUGAGUACUGGCAAAGAGUCGGCCAGGAUCCUGUACUGAGGGGUACACUUCGAUGGGACCGCUCUCCACCCCAUCCCUUCAAUAUUACUUUCUUCGCAAGCGCCGCAUCCACCACUUUUAAACACUACAAUCUCUAUGUUCGGCAAUGCUAUUGGUAUGCAAGGGUCACGCUGGCUGCCAUGGAAAGAGCGUUUCCCCCUUGCUCCAGGGAGGGCACUACGUCAUUUUCGAGGAGGUGGUUUUCAAUGUUUGGGAGCUACAAGCCAUCACAAGUCCAACUCCUCGUCGAUCUUCAUACGAUCGCCUGCCAAGGUUUACCUAUCUGCCGGCCACCUACCUCCUGUGAUCCCCACCAUGGAAGCCGGACGACAUGCGACUGCCUUCGUCAUACCACACAUUCUCCAUGGUCUUUCCAUGCUUAUAGCCAACUUCCAGAGGCCUCUGUCACAUUCGGCGUUGCCUGAACUAGCGGUUGUCAUUGUAAACCGACACGAUGACCAGUUCGCCGGAGGAAUACUCGGAUCCAGCAUGUAUAUGGAGUCCCACUAGGUGGAUGACAACUGCGGCGA